AUAUAAGCCUCGGCGAUUCCCUCGGCGUUCACACUGCCUCCGUCGGGAGCGAGUCUCAAACUUCGGAUAAAUACUUGAAUGACCAUGACUUCGCCUUCGUCUGUCCUGCUGCUCCUGGUGGGGGUCAGCCUCCAAGCGGCGCUCUGCCAUGGCUGCCCCGCGCCCUACAAGACCUUUGGAAAUCGCUGGUGCAUGCUGGUGGUCGUCGCUGCCCCAAAGAACGGCCCGGGCGAGUCCCUGGUGUGGAACGACGCCCGGGCCAAGUGCGGAGAAGCCGGGGGCGAUCUGGCUGUCAUUAACAGCCAUGAAAAGCUUCAGCUGCUGUCCAGGUUCAUCGAUGAGAAAUAUCCAGAGGAAACAGUUGGAGGAUGGACUUACUUUGUUGGAGCUCAGAAAAUCAAUUCGAAAUGGGUAUGGAACAAUGGUGAUGACGUAGAACUGCAAUCCAAUCUGUGGGUUCCAAGCCAUCCAGCACCACAAUAUGAGGUCUCCAUGUUAGUGCCCAUCGACCAGACGCACGGAAGACGCUACGUGAUCAGCAAUGCUCACCCCACUCGUGCUCCUGGUUACAUCUGCGAACGAUUCUAAGAUUUUCAAGUCGGUUGGUGCUUUAAGAAUUCUGUCGUGAAGCUUGCAGGACUCGGUGGCAAAGGCUGGGUCAUGGAAAAUUAAAUAUGUAAACGUUUACAUACUCGAGUGAUAGAGAUAAAGAUACAGAAUAAUCAUCUUGGGAAUUUAAGUUACUGUUAUUUUUUUUAAUAAUCAAAGCCUAAGAAGAAGAUGCAUGUCAAAAAAUCAAUGUACAAUGCAUACAAGAUUGUUAUUGUAUUAAAAUAAUAUGAAUUCUU